AUGACUAACUAUGAAUUAGUGAUUCAUUUAUAUUUUCUUAAUAUAAUUUAUCAUGUUACUGGAGCUGCUACUGAUGUAAAGAAUCCUCUGAGUAGCGUGACAUGUGCAUCUCGUAUCUCAUCCUGUGAAGCAAACGCGGGAAGUUCUCAACAGCCGGUUUGCGGCACCGACGGCCGAAACUACCCUUCCAGAUGUCAUCUUUUAAAGGCCCAAUGCUCCGGUGAACCUGUGUCUGUUGCCCACAGAGGACCUUGUGUUGGACAGUCAUCAUGCCUGAACGUACAACGGUACGCUCUGAGCGCGCAGGGCGGGCAUAGGCCUGCGUUCGUACCGCGAUGCCGUGCCGACGGUAGCUACGCCUCGGUACAGUGUGCAGCGGCUGGAGCUGCUGCUGGCUGCUGGUGCGUAACUCCUGACGGGAAACCUCUUCCUGAUACUGCCGUAAGAAACGGCAGACCCGACUGCACCCGGACCGGUAAAUCACACACUAGACGCCGUUCCUCGGUUCGGGGUCAACGGAACAAAAGAAGUUGCACACGAAUAGACCGCGUUCAGUUCAACGGGAAUCUUAUUAAGAUAUUCAGCGGGGAAUAUGAGAGAGUACGAUCAGAGACUGGUGGUGCUUCUAUGGACCCAAGAGCCGUGGCCGACUGGAAAUUUCGAGAACUCGACCGAGACAGAAGUGGAACUCUACAAAAAUCAGAGUACAGGGGAUUGCGACGGCUAAUAAAGAAGGUGGUAAAACCGAAGCGAUGCGCUCGUGCUUGGGCUCGUGGCUGUGAUGGCGAUGGCGAUGGCGAAAUCGCUCGAGCCGAGUGGGCUGCGUGCCUGCUGGCCAACCCAGACCCGCCAGCACCGGACUACGACGACAGCGGGCCGGAACCGGAGGCCGAUUACAACGAAGAGGAGCCUCCACCGGACCCUAGUGCAGUGUUGCCAGGUAUAAUGAAGAACUCUUUCGCGCCCGAAGGUUCCUACUCAGAGUCACGGCGUGAAGACGAAGCAAACGACUGUCUGACAGACCGACAGGCUGUCUUGGAAGAACAGAAAAACGGCAGUGCUGUGCUGUACGUGCCCGAGUGCACGGGCGACGGGCGGUACGCGCGCGCUCAAUGCUACCGCUCCACGGGCUACUGCUGGUGCGUGCACCAGGACACCGGCAAACCGAUCCCGGGCUCCUCCGUGAAGGACCGCAAGCCGGACUGCGACGCUGCACCGCACCACGCCAGCCCCAUGCGAGGUUGCCCGGAACCAAUGAAGUCUCAUUUUUUACGUGAUUUAAUGAAUUUCUUCAUUUCUAAAAUGACCAGUACAAACAACGGCACCGGACCUGGGGACAUGGUGAAAUGGGGUGCAUCAAAAGAAGAGCAAGCGGCCACCUGGACCUUCGUUAUGUUAGACAAGGACAAAAACAAAGCGUUGGAGAGAAGGGAAUGGAAGGCGUUCCACCAACUGAUAUCAAAUGUGGAACAACUGAGACGAUGCGGUAGAAAGCUACCGAGGUACUGUGACGUCAACCACGACUCCAAAAUCAGUAUUACAGAAUGGAUGGCGUGCUUAGAAGUACUGCAAGCUUCACAAGGGCAAACAACGGAAACAACUAAGGUGCCCCCAAAUCCAAGAAGAAAAGGUCCCAACCCACUCGAGUCGAUCCUAAAAGCUGAGGACUAG